UAAUCUGUGUGGAAAUCUACGGGUCGAAGAUUAUCUUUGAGUACCUAUCGUGACCCAAAUACUUUUAAUAGAAUAGUUUGGUUGAUUGUUUGCAAAUGAAAAGCCAGAAAAUUACCAGCUCAAGUCAAAGGCACUACCUAUAAUUUUUUACCUCUAAAAUAUACGCGUUUUCAAACAAUUUAGUGUUUUGAGCAUUGUGUGAUAUGAAGAUAGGCUUUAUCUAAAUUUGAUACAAGUGGAGUACCACUCACCAUACAUAUGUCACACUAGACGAUGGGAGACGAAAAGCGUGAUGUCGAAGCCGUCCUAGACCCGGUUCUUAGCCCACCACAUUGGUACGGUGCCCGACACACGCAGAUGGUGUUGCUGUUCCUUCUGCCACUUCUCGCCUACGCAACGCGUGUCAAUAUGUCGGUUGGUAUUGUGGCGAUGACCGAUCCGGAGGCGAGCGAAAAUCCCGACGUUCCCACUUACGAGUGGGAAGACCAAGGUAUCGUCCUCUCGGCGUUUUUCAUGGGAUACUUCGUUACGCAACCGGCGGGUGGUCUCUUGGCGAAAAUCUACGGGCCGAAGUGGAUUAUUGCCGCAUCUAUCACGGCGAACAGCGUGCUGGGAAUUUUGACGCCGGUUGUGGCACCCUUUGGUUCAUGGGCUGUUAGUGUUUGUAGACUGUUGCAGGGUCUUGGACAGGGAUUUAUCUAUCCGUGCAUACAUCAAGCGCUUUCGAAGUGGGCACCUCCUUUGGAAAGGGCACGAUUGGGUACAUUUGUUUAUUGUGGAGGUCAUGCUGGCACAGUAUUCUCAAUGUCCCUCACCGGAUGGAUAUCGAAGACGUGGCUGGGGUGGCCUUGGGCUUUUUACAUUUGCGGCACAGCGGGGCUGGUGUGGACUGUACUGUGGGUGAUUUUAGGAAAAAAUAGCCCCGCUGACCACAAGACCAUUGACCCCCUAGAAAAGAGCUACAUUCAAUUUUCGCUGGGACAAGUACAAAGCGCGUCACCACCAACACCUUGGAAGGCGAUUUUUACAUCCAAGCCCUUCUGGGCCAUCUUGGCGGCUAACGUCGGACAAGGGUGGGGUUUUACAAUUUUACUCACCAACAUUCCAACCUACAUGGGCAACGCUUUAGGUUUUGACAUACAGAAGAACGGUGUCCUUUCGGCUCUUCCGUACCUGGUCCUUUGGAUAUUCUGCCUGAUCUCUGGGUUUGUCAGCGACUUUGUCGUCUCCCGAAACUACGUAACGACCGGAUUGGCGCGGAAAAUCGCAAACACCAUAUCAUUUUGCGUACCCGGCCUAUGCCUAUUGGCCCUAGGAUGGAUUGGUGGGGCCGAAUGGGACACUACCAAUGUAAGUUUGGCGCUCAUUUUCCUGUCGGUUGGGUUUAACGGCAGCUCCACUUGCGGGUAUCAUAUGAACCACAUAGAUUUGUCCCCCGUACAUUCGGGAACUCUUUUGGGUUUGACAAACGGAAUUGGAAACUGUAUCGGUUUCAUCGCCCCGCUUGUACUGCAGGUAAUCGUCACGGAUAAGGAUGACCCACUACAAUGGUCGACGAUUUUUUACAUAUCGUCCGCAAUUUACAUUGUCAGCAAUGCUAUAUACGUCGUAUUUGGUUCUGGAGAACUACAAGCAUGGAAUAAUCUUGAAGUGAGCCGGUGACUGAGAAAGUAGUUGUUUUCAAAUAAAGAUUCUUUAUUAAU